AUGGACGAUGUCAAUACGCAUCAACAGCUGAGGCCAUAUUACGACCCUGACACCUUCAAUGCCGGCUACACUUCUGUUUUCAAGCCAGAUCAGGGCGUUGUGGACAGUCAUGGCCGGAGCAUCGCUUCCAAGCUUAAUAUAAUGUCACAACGCCAGUCUUCACGGCUCACCAAGUCGCUCAAGGAGCCUGGCAUUUUGUCGCAAUUGUCUGCUGGGGUAAAGGCUCAAGUACAGGACAUAGAUGGGGUGGAGAAAACGCACAAGUCGUUUAAUGACAUGGAAUGGAAUGAUGUUCUAAACUGGAGGUCCUGGAAAAGUAUGGGAUCUAACCUUUUGGAACAAUUUCUACGACAGUAUUUUAGGCAUCUUGUUCAGCAGCCUUUUGAGGUUUCAAGGCUCUUGUUGCAGGUAGGCGAGUUCCGUUUCACGAAGAGUACGGACAACACGAGAAUCUCGCUAGAGAUGAGUGAGAAUGACGACAACACUGAGUACGCUGACGAAGCAGAGGGUGACAAUGAGGAAGAGAUAGAGUAUUUCCCUCAGACCUACCCUGAUGAUGAGCCCAAUUGGUCAGAGGCCCCGGUCAGCUCAAAUAUGCAUGAAAAACACGACCAUAGCUCACCUUCUUUGACAAAACAAAUUCAGCCCAACUCUUUGCAUACUAUGGAUGUUUUGAACUCGAUCAUGGAAGAAGAAGGUACCCGCGGGUUGUGGAGGGCCAACAACACAACUUUUAUCUACAACUUUCUAUCAGUGACGCUGGACGCCUGGUUUACUGGUUUGAUCAGUCCCCUGCUGCAGAUCCCUGACCCCUAUUUCAUCGACAUUAUCCACUCUACAGACACACGCAAAUCCAUUGCUCUUACAAUUUGUGCCAGCGUUUUCACUGGGUUGGUUCUUUUACCAUUAGAUCUCAUCAGGACGAGACUAACUGUGACUUCUGUAAAGUUGGAGGACCGAAGCAUGCGUAAUCUUUUGAAAAGAUGGUCGUGGAAACGCGAUGCCAGUGGCGUUCCUCUGGAAAUGGUGAUUUUGAAUGUUGGUCAUUCCUUGACGUCUACUGUAUUCACCAACCUUACGGGAGUGCUUCUGUAUCACCAGUUCAAGAUCGACAGAUUCACACAGACCAUUUGGUACAAUACUCUCGAGCUUUUAUCCAACAUGCUUGAGCUUUUCGUCAAGCUACCGAUCGAGACGCUACUUAGACGUUGUCAAACAGCGUAUCUUUUGAGGAAAAAACCUGAGGACCCUUUCCCGAUUGCCAAGGCAAACAUGGUUGUCAACCCACGCGAGUACAGCGGAAUCUACAAUAACCUACGGGACACAAACCGCAUCCAUGAACUUUGGAGCGGAUGGAGACUCGGUCUCUUGAGCGUUUUCUGCAGCUACGGAUUGAAGAUGAUGAAUCUUGAGGCCACGGAGGAAGAGAAGUUUUGA